GAUAUUCGCCUUGCUAUUGUCAAUAAUAAGAAUAGUCAUUCAAUUAUGCAAUAAGUUUAAGAAUGCUGUAGAGAGCAUAGGUUCGGAAGGAUCGUCGACGGCGAGUAUUCUGCGCGUAUAUUUCUAGGCGACGUAACGAAUGAAAGCUCGGAAUAAGCCAGUCGGUCUUGCAGCGCCACCGGUCCACCAUGUUGGGCAAAACGACGGUAUUGUUGCUCUGCAAUACCGCAGCUAAGAAUCAAAGAUUUUUGUGUCGAAAUGGAGUUCGAAAAUACGGUGAACGGGCCGGUUACGUUCACAGAAAUAUAUCGCGUGAAACAAUGAGGGAAAAUUAUUCGAACACCAAGGCAAAGUGCAGAUCGAAAAAGCUACCGUUGGAUGUCAACGCCAGAGGCGUUUUUGCCUGCAACGAGCUUGAUCUUAAGGAAGUACAAGUCUAUGGGUUCGACUACGACUAUACCCUCGCCUGCUACAAACCUUCGAUGGAUUACCUGCUCUACAAUCUCGGGCGAGACAUGCUCAUUAAAAAAUACAAGUAUCCAGAGGAAAUCGGAAAACUUGAAUACCCGGAGGGGUUUGCGGUACGGGGUCUGCACUACGACAUUGAGAAGGGCCUGCUUCUUAAGCUGGACAGUUUUUUGCAAAUUCAACUCGGUACAGUUUAUCGGGGUUUGCAGCCAGUGCCGAAUGACGAGGUUCUGAGACUCUACAGAAAUAGGAUAAUACCCAUAGCCUAUGUGGAAGCGCAGAACAAACACACUCAGAUCGGACAGGAUAUACGUUCUACGAAAAUGGUACAGCUCGCUGAUCUAUUUUCCGUUCCGGAGAUGAGCCUCAUCUGCAAUGUUGCGGAAUAUUUUUUAAAAAAUCACAUCGAUUAUCACCCCGAAAUAUUAUUCCGAGAUGUCAAGAGUUCAGUGCAAAGUUGUCACCCGAUAAUGCACCAGACUGUGGUACAGAACGUAGGGUACUAUUUGGAGGAGAAUAAAGAUCUCAGGAGGUUUUUCGACAGACUAAAAAGCGUUGAUAAAAAAAUGUUUUUAGUUACGAAUAGCCCCUUUCAUUUUGUCGACGUUGGCAUGAAGUUUUUACUGGAUGACGACUGGAAGCAUUAUUUCGAUGUAGUGAUAGUACAAGCUCGAAAGCCGAGAUUUUUCACCGACGAAACACGACCCCUACGUAUUUACGACGAAGAAAAACGCACCUUGCUUUGGGACCGAGUGACUAAACUGGAAAAGGGCGUCAUUUACCUAGAAGGAACGGUUAAACAACUACAAGAUAUGACCGGGUGGCGAGGUCAUCAAGUAUUGUAUUUCGGCGAUCAUCCCUACAGCGAUUUGGCCGACGUCACUUUGGAACACGGUUGGAGAACGGGUGCCAUAAUCAACGAGCUCACCCAUGAAAUCGAAAACCUCAACGAUCCGCAAUUCAAGAUGAAUGCAAAUUGGCUGCAAAUGUUAACGGCUCUGAUCGAAGACCACCAAGAUUACGAGAACGAAGAAGCAAUGGCUCAGCUAAACGAAUGGGUGCGGGAAAGGGACCAGCUACGUAACGAUAUAAAACGGGUGUUCAAUCAACAAUUUGGUUCCGUAUUUAGGACUUACCAUAAUCCGACCUACUUCUCAAGACGUCUUUUUCGCUUCGCUGACGUCUACAUGAGCAGCAUUACGAAUCUCCUCAACUAUUCGACCAGUCACACCUUCUACCCACGGAGAGGCGUCAUGCCCCACGAGUACAUUAGCUAUUUCGUUUGAGACGUUCGGCUCUGGAUACGAAGCAAGUAAAGACAAGGCACCUUAAAAUUUAUAUUUAAAUCCUCUCCAGGGGUUGAUCAAAUUAAUGUAGUUUAGUUUUUGUCGGACAUUAGAUGUCAAUAUCAGAUUUUUUUUUUUCUUUUUCGCUUGUGAUUUACUGAUUCGAAACAUUAACGAAAUGUUCUCGUGGUUAUUUUUUCAAGUAUUAUUUAAAACUCGUUUCAAAUUAGUUAAAUGACUCUAUUUAAUAGUAGAAGUGAUAAAGACGGCGGCGUUCAUCUUGCAUUUCUUCACUCGACUUGGUAUACUCGUAUAAAUCAAGUUGCUCUGUACCAUUAUUUUCGCGAAUUUGAUACGUUUAUCAAUGUGUAGAUCUGAAUCAGGACCUACAUCGUAUGUAUUUCGUGAAUUAAAUGGAUGACUGAUUGUUGAUGCUCAGAUAAUAUAUUUCCGAGUACAAUAUUUUCGUGAUUCGGUCAAGGAUCUUAUAUCUGAAUGUUUAGUACGUGCUCAAUAGAUAUUAGAAGUCUUAGGCGACGAAUGUACGGAUCCUUGAAUAAGUAUUUAUUUAUCUAGUCUACUAAACUUGACGAGUCGGCUCUUGAAUCGAUGUUAGGCUUCUUGUUUUGAUUGUGCUGUGACAAUAUAAAUCUAUGGGCUUUGUUCGUUCGUGCAUCGCAUCUGUAUCACUAGUAACUUUAUCGUCAGAUAGAAUGGAAUGAACGAUGCUCUUACGGCGCCUAUUAGAAAUCAAAAUGCUUGGGAACAAAUUGAACUGUCGCUGUCGAGUAGAACUGAAGAGAUAUUUGAUGUCACCGAAGUUCAUCAAGAUGUUCAAGAACUUGUUUCAUCAUAUCAGGAACCUAGAUAGCAAAUUGUAAGCUACUACCAAUGAAGUAUAUUAUAAUAGUGAAAAAAUAAA